AUGGGUCAUUUUAGAGAGCAUUAAGAUGAUAACAAAGGGCUCAAGGACAUGAAACAUCAAUUAACAGAGAUGGAUCAUGAUUAUGAUGUAAUGCUUAGAGAACGUGAGGAAUCUAAGAAACAAUUAGAAGCUAAAUUCUAAGACAUUGCAAGAAAGAUUUAAGCCAACAAAGAUUUUACUAAUGCUGAGGUGAAGAGAGUUAAAGACACUUUAAAAGCGUUUCAAUCUAAGUUUUAGUACAAAUUGAGGUUAUUGAGAGAGGAAUAUGAAGAGAAGAUAAGAUAGAUGAGGGACCACAACAGAAAUGAAUUCCAAAUUGCAAAGGACAGAAUGGAUAGACUAGAAAAUAACAUAAAAAAGGAAAUAAAAGACAGAGUUGUUGAAACAGAUGAAAUUAUCUACGCGACAAGGACUGAUCUUAAUAAUUAAUAAAAGGCAUUUGAUGAGGAAUGUUCAACUAGAAUUGAAAGAGAGAAAGAUAUUCUACAAGCAUUAGAUGAUGAGAAGUAUAAACUACACAAGAAAAUUGACUAUGAGAGAACUGACAAAAGUUUGAAGUUUGGAGCAUUCAGAGAUGAUGUGAAGGAUUAAUUAAAAAGACAGCAUAAGUUUGUUGAAGAAUUCCAAAGAAAAGCAAUGGAUGAAUUUAGAAGAUUAAGGGAGCAGUUAGAACUAGAGAUGGAUGAGAGAUUCGAUCAUCAAGACGAAAUAUUGGAUAACCUUUCUAAUAGUAUUAAGACAUUCCAGGAUACAAUGAAGAUUGUCGGCCAAACUGUGUUUUGA